CCCUUUGACGGUAUCUUCACCGUUUGUAUACAAGCUAAGUUUGCACGACUGACAGUGACAUGGUUUAUUCGGUGAAGUUAUGCGAUAUUAUACUGGUAUGUUGAUGAUAUUGUAUCUAAAGUUAGUUAUUUCAUUACACUCAUUCCUGGAUGGCAACCUGUACCAUUCUAACUUCAACCUGAACCAGUCUAACUUCAACCAGAUUCAGCCUAGCUUCAACGUGAACCAGUCUAGCUUAAUCCUGUACCAGUCUAGCUUCAACCUGUUCCUGUCUAGCCUUAAUGCAGUGUCCCAGAAAAACAACAAAUAAAUUAAGAAAGCGGUAUGCUAUGUACGUAUGGACUAAUGGGUUCGAUCCUGAUGUUACCGGUUGUGACCUUGCCAGCAAAUUCUUAGAAUGGGAUGAAAAAGGACCAUGUUUUACUCAUGUUUGGAACACGAAAGCCAAGCGGGACUGGUUGUGGGCUACUUGCAAUCGAGCAGGCCGAGAAGUAGAUACAAUAUUUGUGAGUGAUGUACGCAAUAAUCUGAAAGCGGCUUACGACACGGGGAAUUGUGAAACAACAGAAAUAGCUAUUGUGAAAGAGAUGCUCCGAGAAGGUCAUACACAGGUACCAAACUUGAAAAUAUAUGGACUGUACGCCGCCAGUGAUAUCGACGUUUCUGAAAAAGAUAUGGUCAAAUAUAUUGUAUAUUAUAAUGAUUUCUGUGCAGAAAGCUCAGUUGAACGAUUUGAUGGUGUUGCAGUAAAUAACGAAGCAUAUGCUGGCAUUAAGUGUGGUGAUCUGUCCGACAGACUUUUAUACCUUGAUAACCUACAAAAAAUAGUGACGGAGGCCCGGAAACAGGUCAACGGAAUAUUGCUGACUCAUUUUUCAGUAGGUUGGCACUGGGGUCAGUGCGACGGAAGCGCAAGUUUGAUGACGUGGAAUGGCACAACAAGUGACGUCAACCACCAUAUGAUUGAUAUAUUUGACAGCAUUGAUGUCCAGGUUGGAUAUAUCACCUACCCAGCUGUCUCAGAAAGAAUGAUAACUGCUGGAUACGAACAUGCACUGGCAUUGAAUAAACCAAUAUUCACUACACUGUACACAAACCCGGCAACGCCAUGUCAAACCACCUUCUUUCCGGAUGAUUCAUGUCAUGUACCAGGACAUAGUGAAUCCGAUAUGUUCAACAUUAUAGACGGGUUUUCCACCAACAAUAUUCCAUACGCACGUGCAUGCAUUCAUUACUUCCGUGGAGUCUAUUCAACUGGUGUCCAUCCUGACUGGCCAAUCCACAAUGGUUAAUGUGUCUGAUACAGAUACUAAACAAGAUGUUGGUAGAAGAUAAUAUGUAACGAUAAGAAACAUUAGAAGAUGCCAAUCACUGUAUAGACUUAUACUCAAACUUGUUCUUUGAAGACAGAAUGAUAUUCUUGGUGACACUGUACAGACCUAUUCAAUGUAUUAGCGUAUAAACAUAUGUUCUAAGUGGUUCAGUACUGUAGAAAGGCACAGACAAUGAUCCAGUUAGAAUAGACACGUUCCCAGAAUGCUGAGCCCUAAAAGAAAACCCCUAUUAUCGUAUGUUUUAAGUGCAAAGGAUAGACAUUUACACAAAAAAAAAACAUAUUUAAACAAAGUAAAAAAACAAAACAAGAACAUAACCAUGUGUUUUCUUUCUUAGGUCGCAUAUAAUUCAAAAUUAAGGCACUUCUUACAAAUAGUUCGUGUGACAAGCUAAGGUGAACAUAGAUGAUAGGAUAUUGCUGAACACACCUACGCAGCGCGGCUGUCUGCAUCCGUCACAUGACUACCACAGGGUCAAGUGCGUGACUUUUUCCACAAUACUGAUAUCUAUCACAUUGUUGUUUACACACAUCGUAUACUAAAUCUAUAUUUAAUCAUUAUUAAUAUGAUCAUAACAGGACAUAUUUGCUGAUGUGCUAAGUGAUAAAUAUCUGACACUGGUUUUCAUUUAAUAAAAUCAAUGAUUUUUU